GUUGUCUCUCAGUACAUGACUGUAACUUUUCCACUCGUCACUCACUCAAAAUUUUUCGUAUCUUUUCUACUCGGCACGCUUUCCGUCACUCUGUCUGUGUUUGAUUUUGGUUUUGCAAUGGCGAGUCACAGUGAUACUCCAAGAAAUCACAUUGAGAAUCUCAGGAAAACAAGGUUUUCUAUCGGCGGAGAUGAAAAUCCAUUGGCUUGCAUGCUUGACAAGGCUGUUGAAUAUCUUUCUGCUGAACUCUACGCUAAGGACGUUCACUUUCUCAUGGAGCUUGUCCAGAAUGCUGAAGAUAAUGAAUAUCCGGAAGGUGUUGAUCCUUCACUUGAGUUUGUCAUAACCUCUCGUGAUAUAACAGCUACUGGUGCACCUGCCACUUUGCUUAUUUUCAACAACGAGAAGGGUUUUACUGCUAAGAAUGUCGAGUCCAUUUGCAAUGUUGGUAAUUCUACAAAGAAAGGAAAUCGAAAACGCGGUUAUAUUGGGGAAAAAGGAAUUGGGUUUAAGAGUGUGUUUCUCAUUAGUGCACAACCUUACAUUUUCAGCAAUGGCUAUAAGAUAAGGUUCAACGAGAAACCUUGUCCAGACUGCAAGCUUGGCUACAUUGUUCCUGAAUGGGUUGAGGAUUGUCCGUCUCUUUCUGACAUUAAGCAAAUUUAUGGUUCCCGUUCCUCUGUUCCUACUACAACCUUGGUUCUGCCUCUGAAGCCUGACAAGAUGAAAGCUGUAAAGCAGCAACUUUCCAGCAUUCAUCCAGAAGUAUUAUUAUUCCUUUCAAAGAUUAAGCGCCUAUCUGUCAGGGAAGAUAAUGAGGAUGCAAGACUCAAUACUGUGAAUGCAAUAGCUAUUACAAAAGAGACCAAUUUCAUGACAAGGAAGAACAUUGAUGCUGAAUCCUACACUCUUUAUCUGUCUAUGGAUGAAAGUGGCGAUAGCUGUGGUGACGAAUGCAGCUACUAUAUGUGGAAGCAGAAAUUUCCUGUCAAACAGGAAAACAAAGUUGAUAAAAGAACAGAAGUCGAAGACUGGGUUGUCACUUUGGCUUUUCCUAAUAAAAAUCGGUUGCAAAGAGGAACCAGAUCACCAGGGGUUUAUGCAUUUCUUCCCACCGAGAUGAUUACAAACUUUCCGUUCAUAAUUCAAGCCGAUUUUAUUCUCGCAUCGUCUAGGGAAACCAUACUAUUGGACAACCCAUGGAAUCAAGGAAUUCUUGAUUGUGUGCCCUGUGCUUUUGUCAAUGCAUUAAUCUCACUAGUCAAAACUAUAGAAGAUGCACCAGUUUCUAUUUUGCCUCGUAUGUUUGAGUUCCUGCCAGUCAGCAGCUCUCCAUAUCCAAAGUUGAAUGCUGUGAGGGAAUCAAUCAAAGCAAAACUUGCUGCAGAGGAUAUUAUCCCAAGUGAGUCGUACACAGAGCAAAAGUUCUUCUAUAAACCAUGUGAAGUUGGUCGACUGAUGCCUGAAUUUUGGAAUAUACUAAAGAAGGCAAGAAAACAAGGAGUGAGCUUGCAUAAUCUUUCAUCCCAUGGCUGUUAUAUUCUGAGUUCUUCAUUUGACGAAUCAGAAUAUGAUCAAAUUCUGAAUUUUCUGGGAGUGAAAGCAGUGAACGAUGAAUGGUAUGCAAAGUGUAUCCAGGGCUCUAAUCUUGUAAUGGGAGUCUUAGAGGAAACAUAUCUGGAUCUUCUUAUUUUCCUUGCUGAUAAUUGGCAGGUCAAGUUUCAAAAUACUGAAAUGACGAAAAUUCCACUGAUAAAAUAUGUGGGCGCUGAUGGGAGUGUUUGUUUGGGCAGCAUAAAUGAGUCAGCAAAUGGCAGCUACAUUCUGUUUAUAGCAGAGAGAAUGAAUUAUGUUACUUGGUUAAUUGAAUGGAACAGAGAAUUCAGAUGCGUGGCAAAUAGUUUUUUUAUGCCUCAAAGUACACAUCUAGCUCUCAGUUCAUGUUCCAAAGCGCAGGUUGUGUGUGAGUGGCUUGUAAAGCAUUUAGAAGUUACUAAUUGCAGUGUGUACAAGUAUGCCACUAUAAUCAGCAAUCGUAUAGGAGCUGAACGAAAACUUGCCGUUGCUUAUACUCACUUCUUAUACAACUGCUUCUCUUGCAAGUAUUUGUCUGAGUCAGAGGUUACUAAAUUAUGUCGUAUUAUGCCUCUAGUUGACAGCUAUGGGCAUGUGAAAACAAAAUGGAGUGUAGUUCUUGUGCCUGCUAAUGGAAGUGAAUGGGUUAAGUUGAUUGGUUCAAAUCCCUGGAGAACUGAUGGCUAUGUAGAGUUAGGAGAAGAUUACUCACGUCCUGGAUUUUAUGCUGGUAAAAAAACAACUGAGAACCAGCUUAUAAAAUUCCUGAAAGAUCAUCUUGGUGCUGCUGAUAUUCCUAACAUAUGUCCUCCUGAUGCUAGAAUUUCUACUGUGACUGCACCACUUACUAAACAGAAUGCGUUUUUGCUGUUGCAAUGGAUUCGCCACCUGAAGUAUAGUGGAACUGUCAUUCCAGAAAAGUUUUUAACUUGCAUAAAGAACGGUAGCUGGCUGAAAAUUACCAUGAAUGGAUCUCUUGGGUACAAACCACCAUCACAAUCGUUCUUACUCACCUCUGAUAGGGGAAACUCCAGUUGGGGAAACUUAAUGCAGCAUGGAUCUGUACUUGUGGACAUUCCAUUAAUUGAUCGAUGCUAUUAUGGUGACGAAAUUUAUAAGUAUAAGGAAGAGCUGAAAACAAUUGGAGUCAUGUUUGAAUUUGGAGAAGCAUGUGAAUUUAUAGGAGAGCGUCUCAUGUCUCUUGCUGCUUCAUCUGCUUUAACUAGAAGCCAUGUGAUUGCAAUGCUCAAUUUCAUUAGGUUUUUGAGGGAAAAACUUCUAUCUCCAGAAAAAUUUAUUUGCAGCGUUAAAAAAGGGCGUUGGCUAAUGACAUCCUGCGGUAUUAGAUCUCCAGUUGGAUCUGUUUUGUAUAACCAGGAGUGGAAAAAUGCAAAGCUAUUAAGUGACAUACCCUUCAUUGAUCAAGAGUUUUAUAGUAAUGAAAUUCUUACUUUUGAGUCAGAACUUGAGUUGCUUGGUGUAAUAGUUGGACUCAAAGGAAAUUACAAGCUUGUUGUUGACUUCCUAAAAUCACCUUCAGCAUUCAAUUGUCUUACAGCUGAAGCUCUUUAUUUGGUUUUGGACUGCAUGAAACUCCAUGCCGAUUCUUCUUGCAAACUCGUGAAUUCUUGUAAAGGCACAAAAUGUCUAAAGACUAAGCUUGGGUACAAGUCUCCAGGUGAUUGCUUUUUGUUGGACCCUGAAUGGGGUCACCUUCUAGCGGUUUUUGGUGACUCUCCAGUGAUUGAUCAGAAUUUUUAUGGAAGGAACAUCACAACUUACAAAAAGGAGUUGAAACAGCUCGGAGUAAUGAUAGAAUUCGAGGAGGCUGUCAAAGUCUUUGUGCUCACUUUCAAGAAGCGAGCAUCAUUUUCUUCCAUCACAAAGAAUAAUGUUUUCUCGUUCCUGUCAAGCUAUAGACAACUAAACGGAUCCUCUCAUAAACUUCCUUCAGAACUGAAGAAAUGCAUCCGUGAAGAGAAGUGGUUAAAGACAAGGCUUGGUGAUUAUAAAUCUCCAAAAGACUGCAUUCUAUUUGAACCUGAUUGGAAGUCGAUCGCUGAUAUUACUCUUCUUCCCUUUAUUGAUGAUGGUGACAGUUGUUAUGGAAAGGAUAUUCAUGAAUUCAAGAAAGAACUCAAGUGCUUGGGUGUGGUUGUUGACCGUAAAGAUGGAUUGGAGUUUGUGGUUGACGGUCUUUGUUUCCCGCAGGAUCCGAACAGAAUAACUCGUAAGAGUGUGCUUUCUCUGCUUAUAUUCAUUCGACUUUUUUUGGAAAAUAAUUCCUCCCUUCCAUAUGGAUUUCUGAAAAAGGCUUCUAGAAAAUGGUUGAAGACAAAUACAGGUUAUGUGGCUCCAGACAAGUGUUGUUUGUUUGAUUCGAAAUGGCAUGUGAAGCAGACCGACGGGCCUUUCAUUGAUGAUGUAUUUUAUGGUCAGAAUAUUUCGUCAUAUAAAAAGGAACUGGGAGCAAUAGGAGUUAUUAUUGAUUCGGUAAAAGGAUGCUCCUUGCUUGCCACUCAUCUGAAUUCACAUUCAGAAUUUGGCACCAUCUUACGAAUUUACGAGUUUUUGAUUGAACAUAAGUGGGAGCCUGAGGAUAAAGAAGCUGGUUUGAUUUGGAUUCCAUCUGGAAAUGAAGAGGGGAAUUGGUCUGAUUCAGGAGUAUGUGUUCUGCACGACAGGGAUAAUCUCUUUGGCUCGGAGUUGAAUGUUCUAGAUAAACACUACUCAUCGAAAUUUCUUAAUUUCUUUUCGAGCAAAUUUGGUGUUAAAAGCAAUCCUUCAGCUAAUGAUUAUUGCAAGCUUUGGAAGACAUGGGAAGACACAGGACACGAAUUGACACAUGCUGAAUGUUGCGCAUUCUGGGGGUGGGUAAUGAAGCAGAAAAGCUCCAAACUUGAAAAAAUCCUCGCCACUGAUUUGAAAAAGCUUCCUGUUCUUUCAGGCUCUGGUAAAAUAUCAUUGUUGGACAAGCGCGAUGUGUUCAUAGCUGAUGACCUUCAGCUGAAAGACCUUUUUAACAAGUCUUCAUUGCGCCCUAUAUUUGUAUGGUAUCCUCAGCCAAGCGUGCCUUCAGUGGUUCAGGGUAUGUUGCUUGAACUAUACAGGAGAAUUGGGGUUCGGACGAUUUCUGAAUCUGUACAAAUUGAGAAACUUUCUUUAGAAGAUGGUAUGGAACUUAAGCAGGUGAGUGCCGAUGACAGCUUUAUUGGAAAAGAGCUGGUUAGAGUCAUUCUGGGCUUUCUAGCUGAUCCUGCUCUAAAUUUGGAAGCAAAAACGAGGCAUGAAGCUGUAAAUGGCCUCAUCCAUCUCACUGUGUUGGAGACUACGAUGCCAAUUCAUGUAUACUACACUUUAUCACUCUCCUCUCAUGAGAUUGUGAAUGCGAGAGCUAGCCGUAUGUUGCGCUGGGACAAAGAAAGUUGUAAGCUUUUCGCACAGAAAUUGCACAGUACAGGUAGACAGAAAAAUGUGAUCGAGUAUGCAACAAAUUUCUCAAAUGUAAUAGCUGAAGGAGUUUUGUGGGAGAAAGAAGAUAAGAUAUAUGCACUUUCUGAGCUGAUUAAAUUGGCUUUCGUGCUGAAUUUUGACGAAGAAGCUGUUGAAUUCUUGAUGAAGUCCAAGAAUCUGCAAAUUUUCAUGGAGGACGAGGAGUUUCUGUCUGCUACCUUUCCCUCUGGCCAGACGAGCAUGGUCGUGGCCAGCACAGGCUGGAUUAUAGCACGAUUUAACAUUCAGCAGAUUCUUUACAGCUCCUGCUCUUCCCUUAGGCUCAGGAGCUGCCACAGGCGCAGGCGCCACCUUCGCAGAUUUGACUGGAAAUGGUUCCUUCACUGGCUCUUUAGAGAUUGUCACAUUUUCUUCUGGCGCUACCUUCUCUUUCUUUGAAAGGCGGCUUGGGGAGUCUUUCAAUGCAGCUCCAUUUUUACGUCGAUUCCGAAUCUCCUCAAAUCUCCGUCGGAGAAGCGGCCGGAUUCUGGCAGGUACCGUUACAUCUUCAGAGUCAAAUUUCGAUGCUCCACAGCCCAUUAUCAAUUACAGAAUGAAAAAGAGUUAAAGACAGAUUUGAAAUCAAAAUGUUAAUAAUGAUUAAUGAUAAGAAUUGUGAAUUUGAUAGAACCUUAAAACAGAGGUAGUUAAGGUAGGCAAAGAGUGAUGGGGCAAUGGUUUGUUCAUAGAGACUGUUAGUUGUUUUUAACUAAAUAUAGCUAUAAUCAGUUUACAUGUUGUAACCGAGUAGAAGAUAAUACCAAUUAAUUUGUUUUUGCUAAA